AAAUUUCUUAAAAUAGACAUAACCGGAAUAGUUGUUAUUAUCCGUCUAGAAGUCAGUAAAAUUGCGAAAAAGUAUUGUUGGAGAAGUAUCCAAAAUCAUUUCAUAUCAUGACGUGAUUGUUCUUAAAGACGUCUCGUAAUGUCUAGCCAAUCUUCAAGGGGAAGAAGGAAGUAUAAACUUGUGAUACUAGGAGACGGAGGCGUGGGAAAAAGUGGUAAGUAAAACUGUCCUGUCAGUACACUUAACGGUAGCCGUAGCCGUAGCCGUAGCGAGUAGGCCAAGGCUAGUAGUAGUAACAGUAGUAGUAGUAUAGUACUAACUAGUACACGAAGACUUUUUGCUAAUAGAAUCGUGUAUUAUUAUUAAUACUACUUUAGCGACACCCUACAAAUGAAAGAUAAUGGUAUACUAAUGCUGAGGUCUGUGCAGACUCAAAUCUUUUAAUUAAGUGAAAUAGUCUGUUCAAUCUGGUCAAUCAAUAAUCAUUCUUUGGUAUAUUUUAUAACAAGUAAGAAUAUGUCCGGAAUUUCCCUACGAGCGCUUCUGUCUCUGCUGCAUAGACCCCAUUCCAUAGGCUCAGUAGUUGUAAGUAGUAAAGUAAGGUUUACUUGACAUAAUUUAAUUUUAAUGUCUAUAAUUUGUCCGUCCUUUUCAUUGUGUUUCCUAACAGUUACUAACAAUGACAGCUUAAAUUUAAAUUAAUUAAGACUUAAGACUCAUAUCAUAAUCAUUAAGAGUCUUAAUCUACCAUCCUCAGCAACGUCAGCAACAGUCCUCAGUCCAAUUUGAUUAUAUUAUAGUUUAACCUAGAUUAGUUAUGGUUAUAGCAGCCUUAGUCUUAAGUAGCUUCCUCCAGUACUUCCAGCAUCGCCAAUGCUUUUUAAUUGCACAGAAAUAUAUAGUAUAGUAUAGGCUACAUUAAAUUAUCGAUUGGUUACCAAAUUAUCAUUAUGUCUAUGUCAUGUCAUAAUUUAAUAAUUUAUUAUUGAUAUUUGAUAGUACACUCAUGGGUGACCUAACUUAAUUAAAGCUGGCAGCUCUUAUUUAAUUAAAUUUAAAAGUUAUGUAAAAACGGGAUUGUCCAGUUUUUUCACUAUCGUACCCAGGGUCCUGAACAAAUCUCUUGGAACGCCUAAAUGUCCAGUUUCUAAAACCAAACCCAUUUUCACAUAUAAGAUAAAAAGGAGGUUUUAACAAUGGUUGGGACAACAGCCAAAUAUCCUCAAUUUAAAUCCUAGACGAGAGAAAUUUAAUUUUUUGUGUUGCAUUAUGUUGUAAAUAUAUUUAAAUAAAUAAUUAUUCACUGCAAAAAUAUUGUUUUCGUUUAUGAUAUGCCCCAGUGUUUAAAUUAAAUUAAAAAAGUGAAGGUAAAUUUAAAAAGAUUUCUUGGUCUAAAAAUAGUUAAAAUAAGCAUAUUUCAAUAUACAGUUUCCGACGGAGACCCCGGGACCCCUCUUUUUUUUUUUCAAGUUCAUGAUUUGGUCAUCCUAUGUUAACAUUAAUGAUAAUAAUGAUAUUAAAUAUUGACUUGAUUGCUUCUUCUGUAGACGUACAGUGCAUUGCCCCAAAAUAUAAUACUAAGUUUACAUGGUAUUCCAUGGUCCCCACCCGGCAAAGCUGCGCAGCAGCAAAGUAAAUAAUAUAAAAAGUGUUGGACUGCAAUAAAGCUUUAAAAUAUAUUAAAUAUAUGUAAAGCUAACUCAUAUUGUUCUAUUGACACAAUUUGUUCGUGUCUUAUUAAUAUAAAUAAUAUAAUAAUACUAUUAAAAUAUGUAAUAUAAUUAUAAAAACAUAAGCUACACCAUCGUUUAUAAUCUGUCUCAUGAAGGUAUACUGAUCCAAAUAUAAUUGGGACUAUACUGUGACUAUAUAAACAAUAUUAUAUUUUAAAUAUUUAAUGUUACAAAUGUUAUACAUGCAUAAUCUAGUCUAUUUAUACUAUAUAUUAUUUAUAAGUAUAAAUUACAUAGUCAAGAGUGAUUAUAAUAAAUAAUCAUUUGACUGUUUUUUUUAAGAUCUUACAUUUUUAGUGCAAAAUAGUACUAGGUUUGGGGGUUAGAUGUGGACCUUUAUAAAACAUCAAAUGAUCAGUUUUUAACUUUGUGUUGACAUUCCAGCUAGUCUCAUAAAGUUCACAUGUGUUUCAAGAUUUACCAGGCUUUUAUCUAGUAAUGCGACCUAGGAGGGUGGCUGUCAUGUAGAUGUGGGGAUUAUUAUGUGGAUGUUGUGAUCAUUGAUUAGAUGUGAUUAUUGUGUAGAUGUGGUGAUCAUUGUAUUAAUUUGGUGAUCACAGUGUGGAUGUGGUGAUCACUGUGUGGGUGUAAGUGAAGUAAGUUGCUUGGUAAGAUGAUUCAAAGAUUGAAAAGUUGGCAAGCAAAUUUGAAUAAACAAACACUAAAUGGAAGGGGUUUUACUGCAAGGCAUCAGCAUCCGCUUGAUCUCAUUGGAGAACCGAUCUUCAGAAAUCAUGGCAUCAAACAAAGCAUAUUUGGUGGUAAAUUAUAAAAGGCAUUAAAAUGAGAGAUUGUGAUACAAAUGGUGUUCUUGGAUUCAGAAAAGUUGUGUCUGAUGAAGUCCAUGCAAGUUGUCUAAUAAAUUGAAAGCCAAAAGAGUUUGCAUUUCUCAGGAACUCCUGGAAGAUUUUGAGAAAGAAAAUGAGGAAUUUUAAUUAACAUCAGGACAGAUAUUACUUGAGUCUAUCAUUUUAACACUGAGUAAAAGCAGGUAGUCUAUGGAAUAGCGCCACAAUUCAUCACCUCAGCCAAAGAAACCCUCAGAAGGAUUAACCUAAGGUCAUGUUGUAUGUGCUGUUUUUUUUCAGAUUUUCUUGACAAAUAAAUCGGAAUAAACUCGGAAUUUAGCAGUGAAAUAUUACUUCAAUAAAAAGACGAAUGAAAUAAUAUUAAAUAUGUUGAAUGAAUGACUUCUUCUGCAUGCCAACUUCAGACCUCACACAGGUUCAAUGACAAGAGAUAAAAUUCAGAUUCUUGAAUUGUCACUGCUGCUACAUCCACCAUAUUGCUUUUGUUACUUGAGGAAGACUUUUUUCAGUUGGGAUAAAAUCAUUUCCUAGCAGUUUUUCUUUCAGAUAGUUUAUUCCAGGGAGCAUUUCAUAUGUUCAGGUGGGCAAUCCCUGCGGCAUAGGGUGGCUCUUUUCUUCUUUUUAUGGCAGGGCGGGAUUUUCGGCCAACUGCUGAGUUUAAUCAUGGUAAGGGGCAGCACUAAACCUAUCUACUUCACUGGCCAGUGGAUCUAUCGGUUCCAAAAAUAGACAUAAUGGUGAUCAAGGGGAUCUACCCAAUUUAAACUAAAUUCAUUCCAGUUAUGGCACCUCUAAAUUUCAUAAUUUCAUCCCUGAAAUCUAUAUAUUCCAACUAGGUUUACAUAUAUAUAUAUAUAUAUAUAUAUAUAUAUAUAUAUACAAAAAAAAAAAAAUAUAUAUUUGUCUUUUUAAGAAAAUCAUCUUAAUUAUAAACAUACAAUGUUUUUUGUGUAGUAAAAAAAGUGCUCAUACUGUCAUAUUUAUCUAUCUAUAUAUACUAAAUAUAUUUAUAUAUAUAUAUAUAUAUAUAUAUAUAUAUAUAUAUAUAUAUAUAUAUACGAAAAGGAAAAAUUAUAUAUUUGUCCUUUUAAGAAAAUCAUCUUAAUUAGAAACAUCCAAUGUUUUUUGUGUAGUAAAAAAGGUGCUCAUCCUGUCAUAUUUAUCGGGGUAGGGUGGGGGCAGACAUCAAGGGCGCUGAUGGCCCCCCCAAAACAGUGGGAAGGAGGGGUAAGGGCUAAUUAAGCAUUGUGGCACCCAAUACCAUACAUAAACUGAAUUCCCUGUGGUAUGUCCCUGUGUAAUCUUUUUGCUCCAUCUUCGUUUCACCCAGCACAUUGAUUGAUGUAGGGUAGGAGGGAAGCAUAAAUGGAGGGCCACGAAAGCUCUUGAGCAAAAGAGCCCCUCGUCAGAAAUUUUUCAAUAAAUUUCAAGUGCAGUGAUGAAGUUUGGUGCAUACCUGAAUUUAGUUUUGCAUCAUUUGACACUUAUUUGGAGAGAUGCAAGUGAAAAUUUAGGUUCCCUUGACCUGAUUGUGUUUAUACAAAUACUAUAUCAUUAGUUGUUACUAAUACUAGUUUUUUACAUUUUAUUUAAACUAUUUAUUUCGUUAAACUACUUCAUAAAUAAAUGGACUUUAAAAAAGAAUAUUGCCAUUAAACAAAUGUGGAAAUCACAAAAAGUAAGCAUUAUAGGCCCAAUUACCUUUCCUAAAUAUUUACAAACUUACUAGGUAGAAAUAUUUAGAAUAAGAGAAAAAAAAUAUUGUUGUAAUGGUCAUUUUUAUACAUUGUUAAUGAAUAGUAAAAAAUUAUACCAAUAAAUUACUAAUAACUAUACUUUUAAAACAUUAAGCAAUUUUUACCUUGUCCCAUUUUAAAAGUUUAUCUCAUUUUGUGAAUAAAUAGAAAUCGAAAACAUGUUGGCAAUGUUUGAUGCUUAGCAAGAAUUAUUUCAAAAUAUUAUAAUGUAGCCCUCUAUAAUGACAGUUUAACUCCUUAUUGUUCUGAGCGUAGGCCAUAAUGUAAGUCUUUAAACUAUAGAUGUUGAAAAAUUAAUCUAAUAAAAAUACUGGUAUAUGGUAAUGGGAAGUAAAGGUGCUGCAUAUAAUCAUGAGCUGUUCAUAUUGGGAAUAAUAUGUUAUGUAGAAUGCAAUGGUGCGUCUAGAUUUGCCUUAAAUAUUUGGAUCAUUAAAUCUUUACAGCGUUGUGCUAUUUCAGUUGUUUUACAGAUAUUAUUAGGUACCUGGUAUUCUAAAUGAGCUGCUGAGAUUUUUGUUGCGCUGAGAAUUUUUUUAGGUCGUGCCAACCGUCAUAUUUGUUGGACUGGAAGCAAUGAAUUUAGAAAGUAUUGAUGUUGAUCUCUAUUCUGAUAUAUUUUUGCAAGAUGUAAAAUAAACAUUUAUCCUUAAAAACAUUGAAUAAAAAAUGCGUUUGUUAGCUGUUACCAUCAUUUUGCAAAAAUACAUAUUCUGAAAGCCAAAACUGUUACCAUUUUGCGAAUGCCUCACUUAAGGAACAAAUCCCCAAAGCUUCAAUAUUGUCAUCAAAUUCCUAUUUUUAAAAAAAUUGCGUCAAGACACGUGCGAGUAAGAUCAUGACAAGCUGACUGUUUUGUAUAAGCAAUUUAUCCAAAUUUAGUUCUUUUUCCAUGGAUUUAAAAACUGCCAUAGGUAAGUUAAAACAUUAAUUUAUUCUUAAAUAUCUUAUAUUUUUAUUUAAAAGAAGUUCUUUCUUAAAUGUAUUUGAUUUAGCAUCUGCAAUUCUUUAUUUAUUGAUAAUUUAUAAGAUGUUUCUACCAAUGAUCUACUAGUCUAUUUUAAAGUCCUUUGUAUUUAAUUGAUGAUAAAGGAAAAAAUUUAAAAAUGUGUAUUUUGAAUGAUAUUCAUUUUGUAGUUAUUAAUCUUAUUGAGCAUUUGUUUAGUUAUAACUAAUAACAAAAAUAUAUUAUACAUAUAGGCAUAUUUAUAUGGCAAAUAGAGGCAGUUAAAAUCUUGUGUUGGUGUGUGUUUUAAUAUUAAUAUUUCAUAUUUCAGUGGAUGAAACUUAAAAUAUCUUAAGAGUUUGUAAUUCAGUGACAGAUAUCAGCGCAAAAGAAAAGGAAGGCUCAGAAAACUGCCUUAAGUCCAAAACAUGUUGUUAGCCAUUUUUUCAGGUUAAUAGUAGUAAUAGUAUUAGUUAUGUCUUCACUUUGUUAUAAGAUUACUACCAAUGACAUGAUCAUAAAUACCAAGUUAACUAUUGCAUUUAAAAUCAUAAUAAAAAUACAAUUCUUCUUUUUCACAGGUUGAUAUUUGGCCUGAAACCUGUGUAAAGAAAUGUUCCCAGGCCCAUUCAGACAUGCAAAUAGAGGCAUCAGACAUGAGGAUAGAGGCAUCAGACAUACAAAUAGAGGCAUCAGACAUACAAAUAGAGGCAUCAGACAUACAAAUAGAGGCAUCAGACAUGAGGAUAGAGGCUUCAGACAUGAGGAUAGAGGCAUCAGACAUGAGGAUACAGGCAUCAGACAUGAGGAUAGAGGCAUCAUACAUGAGGAUAGAGGCAUCAGACAUGAGGAUAGAGGCAUCAGACAUGAGGAUAGAGGCAUCAGAUUUCAAAUAAGUCAUCUGACAUAGGCUUAUCUACUUUGUCAUUCAAUGUUAACUACCAUUUCUGAAGGGUAGAUUUCUGAUAGCUACACUAAUUUUUAUACAAAUUUAUUAUGUUUGAAAUUCUCAAUUUUGAGUUUGAAAGUAACCUUUUUUUUAUAUUUCUUAAGCAUUGUUUGUGCUUUUUAAUCUGAGUCUGUUCAUUUACAAAUAAAAACAUCAUUUUCUACCAUCUGGUAAAAAGUUUGAUUUUCUGUGAUUUUAAAAAAAAUUCUCUGAAAUUCUCAUAUUUUGUGAACAUGCUUAGUUUAUAAUUUGAGAUAAUUAUAUUUUUUAUUUAUUCUCUGCCUGUUAUUUUCACAAUAAGAAAUUUCCUUUAACAUUAUAAAAAAAUUAUAUUUCUAACUCAUUUAGUUAAUUAUUUUAUGAUUUAAAAAAAAUUGAACUAAAAUUGACUUUUUGUCUCCCCUUUUCAUAUUUUGUCAAUUUUUAUGACAACCCUGAAUAAAAUUGAGAUUGUUAUUUGCAUAACUGGUUGUGUGUGCAAGAGAUGGGAAAGUGCCAGCUUAGGUAUAUGAAACUACACUGUUGAGUUCUUAAAUUUGACGCUGUUCCUGAGUUUUAAAAAAUUCAUAAAUUUCCUAAAAUCUGAGAAAUAGAAUUAAAAUUUGUGGUUCUGUUCUGAUUAAGCCUAGCUCUAUUUAGGGGAAUAGUUGAAUUUUAUUUAAUUUCUUUAUGAAAUUUUCUUACCAACUUUUUUUAAAGUGUUAAAAAAACUGAAAAUUUCAUUGAUUAAAAAAAAAUAAUGUAUUUGGUUUUAUUGUGGCACUAUCAUAUUUCUUUAAGGAAAGGGGAGGGGGGGGCAGUUUACACUAUAUUCUCGGUUUGUGGGGAGGGUGCACAGUUAUUUCUCUCUCUCAUUCUUAGCAUAUAUUUUGGAAAUUCCAGAUUAUUUUACUUGACAUUCUAUUAAUAUAUCUAUUGUUUCUUCUUGCAGCUCUUGUCAUUCAGUUUGUCUGCCACAGGUUCCUAGAGUACCAUGACCCAACCAUUGGUAAGGAAGGAUUUUUGGGCUAGAUUUUAAAGACCUUUUAUUAAAUGUUAACCUUUUUUUCUUUCUUUUUUUUCUAAAAGGUCAGGGUGGACAUUAGGAUCUGUUGAUAUUUUAAAUAAGCCUUGAGUUGUUGUGCAUUUCAUACAGUAUUAAUUACCGGUAAAUAAAAUAAAUUUAGAAAAUCCUUCAUUGCCGGUACAUAUUUAAGUUAAUCUUACAGUAGAGAAAGAUCUUGUACUUGUAUAGGUAUAUAAAAAUAUCCUAUUCAACAAAGAAUAUGAUUUCAUAAUAUGGAAUCUCAAUCAAUUACUUUCUGUCUGGAGCUUUUUAGGUUUGUGUCUAUGCUUAAAUUAAUCUAUCAAAUAUCAGAAAACAAUUUAAACAUUUAACACUAAUUCAACAGAAGACUCAUUUGAACAGCAGUGUCGCAUUGAUGAUGAACCUGCACAUCUUGACAUCUUGGACACGGCAGGACAGGUGAGAACACAAUUAGCAACAAUGUUACAAUGCAUUACUUCCACCGCACCGCACUGAUUGUGAUAUUCAUAAGGGUGUUGACUUUGGUAAAGUUUGAACUGAAUUAGCAAAUUUAAAUAUGGAGCUAUCACAAAAUUGACACUCACUGAUGACCGAUUAAUUGCAUGAAGUAGGUCAACCUAACCCUAAAUAGAAAUGAGAGCACAAUAUGAAAGGGAAAUGUAAGUAUAAAACUUGGUAGAAAUGAUCCAUGAUGGACAGGAUGGGUUUAAUAAUAGGUUGCCAGUAAAAUACAAAAGAAUUGAAAAAUGAACUGACCAAACUAUAACUAUAAGACAAGAUAAGAUUCUUUUACUGAUCAAAACAAAUGGAAAUAUUUUUGAUGACAUCGUACAUUUUCAGCACAUAAAUAAAACAAUUUGAACACAUCUACAUUAAAUUAUUUCAUUGGUGAAAAAAAACCAGGGAUGAGAUCAAAUGUGAACAAAUGGGCAGAUGAUUUUCUAGAGUUGUCCCCAAUUCAUCCAAGUUAGUAGAUCAGCUAAGACUAAGGUAGGCAGGAGCACUGUCUAGAGGUGAAGGUCACACCUCUGACUGUUGAGAGACAGAGAAUGGUGAGUAAGGAAUGACACAUCACAUUUACUCAGUGACAUCAAUUUCAAAACACAUAAGGGGGUGGGGCAGAUUCAACACUUUAGCUCUGUUGAAGUGAAAUUGGGUCAAGAUAUAGGCUAUACUAUAACAAGGUGUUCAUCAAGGUAAGUUUUUUUUUAACAAUAUUACACAUGAAAUGUACUUGUAAAAUGUUUGAUAAUAUUUGGUGUGUUUAUUUUCUUUAUAAUUUUUUUUUCCAGACUGAGUUUACAGCAAUGCGUGAACAGUACAUGAGGAAUGGUGAAGGCUUCAUUCUCUGCUUCUCUAUAACAGACAGACGCAGCUUUGAUGAACUUAUAACUUAUAGGAACCUUAUAAACAGAGUUCGGCCCGGUGAAGAAAUCCCCAUAAUAAUAGCUGGCAACAAAUGUGAUCUGGAACAGAAAAGAAAGGUUUAAAAACAUAAAAAAUUUGAUACUAUUAAUUGUUUGUGUGAUGGUCCAAAAAUGUUAAGUUGAUUAAAAUAUUGGAUAGGCUAAGUAAUAGCAGGAAAUUCUUUUAUUGGAUACGGCAGAAAUUCAGUUUUUAAUUUAAUGAUGGGACAUAUUUUUAAAAAAAGAUUGUGAUGGAGAGUUGCAGUAUAUGUUGUGACUCCAUUUAACUGUUCAUAAUUAUCUUUUUUGUAAACAUCUGUCCAACAGGAAUAGCUGUAGACAUUAAAUAUUUUAUCAACUUAUUUUUUAAACUAAAUAAUAUUAAAAUAAUGAUAAUGAAAAAAAUAAAUAUAUAUUCCCAGGUAAAAUAUGAAGAGGGAAUUUCUUUAGCACAACAACUCGGUUGUCGGUAUUAUGAGACAUCAGCGUACUUGAGGAAAUGCAUAGACGAUGUCUUUCAUGGACUCGUGCGUGCCAUACGAGAGAAAGAAAAAGAGAAGCUUGAUCAGGGAACAAAUGGUCGAAAGAAACACGGGAAAGUCAUGAGACUUUUAAACUCCCUGCAGCCUAGUCAGCUCUUCAGGAAAGGUUCGACCUCAAAACAAAGUAAGGAUAUGUGAUAAUGUCACCACUUCAUUUAAAUUUACCCUUCGCUAUGGGCUCACAACUUACAUUUGAGUGAGGCUCACAAUUGAUCUAUCAUGUUCUUUGAUGUGCGGCAUCCCGUUCCAUACAGUUGAAAGUUGUGCAGUAAAUCUUUAUGGAAUAUUGUCAAAUAUUCCCUCAGCUCAUGCACAUGCAUACUAUCCUGCGGGAUCAAAAACCUGUAGACCAUAUCACUUGGCAUGUAUGCAGUGAGCAAACUUGUGUUACCAAAGUUAUGUUCUACACUUGAUUGGCUGAAACAGUACUGGAGUCACUUUAGAAUGCUCUUAUUUGUUUGAAUGAUGUAUCCAUCAUUUCUUAUUAGCAAAAUUAUUUUUUAUUUCUUAAAUCUGUAGUUAUUUUAUUUUGCUAUUGCUAAUUUUUUAAGUCCGAUUUCUUUGUCAUGGCGCCUACUUAUGAAUUAAUCUUACAUAUUUUUUAAUUAGAUAUCUUAAAUGGAAAUUUGAAAAAAAAUCUGUUUAAAGGGAAAUUCGUUUAAAAAUUAAGAUAUGGGAAUAAGUUCUUGAAGGAGAUGAAGAAUUGCCAUGCCAUGAUUAUUUUUAAGAUUAUUUCAUGCCUGAAAAGUUACAUAGUUCCUAGCUUUUUGAUCAGAGUUAUUGAAAUGCGUUCAACUAUUUCUUAAUGGCCAUCAUAUCAUUUUUUGAUAGGAAACUUUUGUAUUUUGUACCCAACACACAGAUUUGAUGAUUUUGUGGCAUUUUUAAAGUAUUUAUGCAAGAAUGUCCUGUUUUCAAGUGUCUUUGUGAUCUAAAUUUGUAUUUAAAACUAUUUUUUUCAAUGCACUACACUUGAUGUUUUGUUCUUACCAUGGAGUUUCCCAAACAUCUUGAAAUUCUGUGACAUAUCAUGGUACACCCUCUUUAAAAUUUCAACUAAUUUAAAUAAUUUUAUGGUACAUACACAUGGAGCUUUUCAUAUCAAUUUUCCAUUUCUCCUGUUAAUUACAUUUCAAAGGCAGUGGCGGUUGGAGGUGGCAUUCUUAUCGGUUUGGAUAUUUUUAGACUUAAAAGAAAUAACAUUUAAUCAUUUGAUAUUUAAAGAGUCAGCAGUUAACAGCUGCUGACAAAUAUGUCCUGAUAACAUAUCCCUCCUAUCUGUCACUCAAGGCCUGUGUUGAUGCAAUACUACCAAUCUUGUACAGUGAUUCUUAACCUGAUGGGAGCUGUAAGGUAUCCCAAUUCUUCACAUAGUCCUUCUAUGUCCAAUCCAUAUUGCUGAAAGAAGAAGCUGCUGGAGCUUAAGGAAUAUUGUGAAAGAAGUUAAAAUAGGGAAACACUUUAGUGCUUAUGUAACAUACCCAAGUUAUUUGUUGAGUGUUGAGGUAGUUAAGGAACUAGUGUGUUACAAGGGAAGAACCACCUGCAGUUGCUUUAUGAUGAUAUAGAGAAAGAAAUACAAAAGAAACCAAUCUGUGACAAAGGUGUGACGGCAGAGAUGAUUAAACAUCAGUCUGAUAUGGUGACAGUGCAGGUGAUUUCACACUCAUCUGAUUUGAUGACUGGUGUGACAGCAUAGAUGAUUAAACAUCAGUCUGAUGUGGUGACAGUGCAGGUGAUUACACACCAGUCUGAUAUGGUGACAGCACAGGUGAUGACACACCAGUCUGAUAUGGUGACAGUGCAGGUGAUUAAACAGUCUGAUGUGGUGACAGUGCAGGUGAUUAAACAUCAGUCUGAUAUGGUGACAGUGCAGGUGAUUAAACAUCAGUCUGAUAUGGUGACAGUGCAGGUGAUUAAACAUCAGUCUGAUAUGGUGACAGCACAGGUGAUGACACACCAGUCUGAUAUGGUGACAGUGUAGGUGAUUACACACUCAUCUGAUUUGAUGACUGGUGUGACAGCACAGAUGAUGACACACCAGUCUUAUGUGGUGACAGUAGUCUGACAGAAUAGAUGAUAUCAAACCAGAAGGAUAGAGUAAGAGUGGUCUGACAACAUAGAUAAUUACAUGUUUUAAUGAUAGAGCAUGUUUUUAAUCUCAUUACUUCAAUCAAAAAAUAAUUUGUCAUAAACUAAAAGAUCAUAUUUUUACAUUUUUUUACAAACUAAAUUUAUUUAAAUGAUGAAAGUCUUAAGGAUUUUAAUGUAGCUCUCCUAUCAUUUAAUGAACCCAUGUAGCUCUCCUAUCAUUUAAUGAACCCAUGUAGCUCUCCUAUCGUUCAAUGAACUUAUGUAAUGGUUGAGAUCUUUUGAAGAGUACAAUUCUAUUACCUUUAUCUUCAAUACAGAUAAACCUUUUGAGUCUAUCUUUUGUGAUUGUGCCUAUCUUACCUGUGAACUAAUGCUUGUCCUUGGGGUAAAACUGACAUACAUCAGCCUGUAUAGCAGUUUUUCAAGGAGAGUAGACCGAUUUAAUCUUGCUGAGCAGUGUUGAUAAAGAACUUGAUUAGCUUAUAAAUGUAAAAAUCUCAGGGUUUUGAAUGAGCUCUCUCCCUUGGCAGUCCCGAUUCUGUGCCAAUCAUCAUGAACUGUUUCUGGAUUUGUUCUCAGAUUUUAUUCAAGAAAUUAUAAUGACAUAAAGAUUUCCCAAUUUUCUGACUUGUAUCAAAUUUUAUUGGUAUACUAAUUGUCUUAUUUCAUUUUAAAAUUAUCAAUGCAACUUUGAUGAAUUUAUAUCGUGGGCUGUGGAAAUAAGCUCUAUUUAUUGAGUAAAUGGAGAAUAUAAAUUUAAAAAUAAAGUGCUAAAUGAAUGAAUUCUAUGUUUGCGAUGGUAUGUAUGGAAAAUAUCAAAAGAGAAUACAUUAUAUACAAAAGUCUGUAUUUUGUCAAUGAUAGAGUUGUCUGUACAAUACUAUAAAAACAGUUUUUAAUUCAUGCAUUGACCUGUUUAAUUUAUAAUAUUUAUUUUUGACAACUACAUGUUCGUUGCUGUGACAACUUUAUUUCAUUGCUGUGACAACUACAUGUUCAUUGCUGUGAUUGUCAUGUUUAUUUUUAAAAUAAUUAACUGAUUGAGAAGAUGUAUGUAUAUUAUUCUGAAAUUUCUUUAAGCGUCAGUUUGAAAAUUCCGUACUUGUCUCAGUCUGAAACGUCUGUAAAUGUCUCAGUCUGAGACUUCUGUAAAUGUCUCAGUCUGAAACAUCUGUAAAUGUCUCAGUCUGAAACAUCUGUAAAUGUCUCAGUCUGAGACUUCUGUAAAUGUCUGAGACUUCUGUAAAUGUCUCAGUCUGAGACUUCUGUAAAUGUCUGAGACUUCUGUAAAUGUCUCAGUCUGAGACUUCUGUAAAUGUCUGAGACUUCUGUAAAUGUCUCAGUCUGAGACUUCUGUAAAUGUCUCAGUCUGAGACUUCUGUAAAUGUCUCAGUCUGAAACAUCUGUAAAUGUCUCAGUCUGAAACAUCUGUAAAUGUCUCAGUCUGAAACGUCUGUAAGUUUCUUAGUCUAAAAUGUCUUUAAGUGUCCCAGGAGAGUGAAGUAAUGUAUGAGAGAUGCUUGAAAUUGUUUCACAAAACUUAAGUUUUUAUUAAACUCCAACUUUUGACAUAAACUAUUUAUAGAUUAGAGAAUAAAGCUAUCGUUCAAGAAUUUACUAGUUAGCCGAUUGAUGAAAUACAAAGUAUGUUGUUGUCCUUUCAAAUUCAUCCAGUCACAUUCUUUGUUUAUGUUACAAAACUUCAGGAAGUGAACUUUUUUGGGGGGUUAUUUUUUAGAAUUUCUCUAGGGUUUCAAGUACAUGAGUAGAGAGUGCCUUACCAUAUCAAAAUAUUGCUCUCCCCAAGUUUGGACCAUGACCAUGUCAUAUACUGUGUGACACAACCCUACUAAUCAUUACUCAAACUAACAUCCUUGAUUUGACCUAUAUUUUACUGAAUAGUUUGCUUAAUGUGUCAAAGAGUUGACAUAAUUUGAUAGUAGACAGUUUUGAUUAUCUUUGGGGGAAGUAGGUCAAGUUAAUCUUAAUUAUUUUAAUAAUGUCAUUUUCUGAGAUGCUUGAUGCUACCGUCGAACCCAGUUAUGUCGACGGCCUCGGGGUUUGCCAAAAACAGUUGAGAUAACUGAAAACCAAUAUGGCAGCAAUAUAUUAAACGUGCUUGAAAUAUCUUAUGUACAUGAUGUGCGUUAAUAAAUGCAGAUACUUCUGUAAAAAAAAAAAAAAAACUAAAAAAACAAACUAUUACAGUUAUUUAGAGCAAAUUUUAAAUUAACAAAAUUAAACCAGAAACAACUUUUUAACUUCAGUACUUUUUGAGCUACGAAUUUUUAAAUUGCGAGUUCAUUUGGUAUUAUCUACUAUGGACGAAGCCUCCUCAUUGUGUGACCUAUUUCUGCUGAUCGUGUCUUGUGCAAUGACUAUAUAGUUUAUAUAUGGCAACGCAUCUCCUCAUUACUAAAAUACUAUUUAAGGACUACUUAUUUUGAACUUUCAACUUUGGCACAUGACUAUUUAAUUAAAGUUUUCCACGACCAAUGGUUGAAUAGAUUUUGCACACGGCAAUCUCUUAUGGAUGAAACUCUGACAUUGUACCACGGCAUGACCAUUAUACAAGUGACUGAAUGACUGCAGAUGACAAUGUUUUGCAUAUGGCAAAUUAUGAUCAUAUAUUAAAUGGACUCUACCGGCUCUUUGAAAUAAUUUAUUAUAAAUGUCUUGUGUUCAAAUUGUUUUAUUUAUGUGCUGAAAAUGUAUAAUGCAAUCAAAAAACAUUUCCAUUGAUUUGGAUCAAUAAAAGAAUCUUAUCUUAAAUGUUACCGGGAAUUUAUUUAAAAGAAAUUUCGUAGACGGAAAUUUGAUCCAACGGAAUUUUGGUCGAAUAUUUAAAAAAAAUAAUAAUAAUUUGAACGCAAAUUAAAAUAUAUUCCUUUCAAUGACUUCAAGGUUCAUUCUAAAACACAAGUCCUGUAUUUUGAGAAAUACAUCAUUAUUUUUAAUUAUGAAAAACGUGUUAAUUUGUUGUUUGCUAUUUCUUCUUGUGGAGUUCAAAAGCCGGCGAUUGGUCAUGGGGAACGGGAUAACCGAGGUUAAGUAGCAAAUUAGGCCGCCUUUUGUGUGCGAGAUAUCGGGGUUGGGCGACAUAAAAGAACCCACAUAACCGAGGAGAAAAUGCUAAGACAAAGAGAGAAUUAGGCCGUUCCACUUCAAAAAUGUUGACAUAACAGGGCGGGCGAGUUAACCGAGGUCGAGAUAAGCGGUUUUGACUGUAAUUAUAAAUAUAAUAGUAAAUAUAUAUUUGGAUGUAGUGACAGACCCAAAAUAAAUAGAUGGAGUGUGUUUCAAAUUAUGGUAUGGGGAGUUCUCAAAGCAUCAAUGAAGGCGUCUUUUAAAAGACAUUCAAAUACAGUGAUUCCUCAAUAUUCCUCAAUGUCGAUAUUCCCCCUUUUUAAUAUUUGUCCUGCUUUUUCGUAGAAAUUUUUGUUUGAUCUUCGCCCUAAAAUUGGUAAUUCCUCCCACCUACCCUGUGCGUCAAUCAGUCUUGGGCGGUGAUUCAAAGUACUACUUUAUUACUUUUAAUAUUUACGAUUUUUUAAAGAAAUAUGUGACCAUUUUCCAUGCGUCAGUUGUAGAAAUCCAUGGUGUUCUAGAUCCAGAGGUGUUUUUGUUUGUAUUAAAUUGUAGAUUUAUUCUUCUUUAAAUUCGAGUCCCUUGGUUGUUGUUGCCAUUGACGUCACCUGAUGCCAUAGUGAAAGGUAGCUCCCUCACCAAACAACAGCCUAACCUUUAUCAAAUAAAAACUCUUGACAACAAUCCUUUUGUUAUUUAAAAUUGUUGCUUGUAGAUCUAUGGACCUUGGGUACGUUGGGAACACACAUUUACCUUAUGUCUAGGUUUGUUUACCUUGG